UCAUUCCUGGCUUUGACAGUGAACAAAGUGAAGCAAUAUGUUAAUAUCACGGCUGACUUCCCCGUUAUUGAAGGCUUCACAAAUUACAGGCCACCUUUUGUCAAGGUCAGUGUCUUCCUUUCUUUGCUAUCGGUCUACAUCUGUGCACUAUAGCACGCAGCCGCCUAACAAGAGCGGAGCCCAACCUCAGCAGUGGUAUGCUCUGGACCCUGAACUGGAAGAGAUGCUGAUCCCCAGAAAACUUUCCAUCAGCCCCUUAGAAAGCUGGCUGACGGUUAGAUACUCCCUUCCUAACGCAGAAGUCCUUAAUGCUCAGGAAGAAGUGGGCUAUGAACCUCUCCAGCAAUAUGACUGUCCCCCGUCUGAUGAGGGAGCUGAUGUGGAGGAAGGAGAAGGGACGCUUAACAACAAGCUUCAGUGUAAGAACGUUUUGAAGAUUCGCAGAAGGAAAAUGAAUCGGCACAAGUUCAAAAAGCUGCUCAAGCGAAGAAAGUUUGUACGGAGGAGGAUAAAGGAAGGUCGCAAGAAGAAACGUCAGGUAAAAUUCGAGAAAGAUUUGGAGCGCAUCUGGAAAAGAGCUGGUUUGAAAAAUCCUCCUGCGGGAUGGCAAACACCCAAGAUAUUUCUGAAAAGUUCAAAGCGAUAAAAACACUUGUAAUGAGUCUUAACCUGUAAUUGUAAUUAAAAGAUAUUUAAGUACUCAGA